AUGGAUCCAAACUCUCUCACCUCUCAUCCGUCCACCGCCGCACAGGCUCAGACGUUCGUCGCCCCUGGCUCUCUCUCCUACCCUCAAGGCGCGAACUUGGACAUGACUGCACCCUCCACUGAGCACAACACUCAACAGGUCGCUGAAAACGCGAACGGUGUUGCUACUCCCGCGGCUACACCCGAUACCCAGAAUGGUCAAGUGCCCUCUGGUAUCGUGCCUACUCUUCAGAAUAUUGUCGCUACCGUCAACCUCUCCGCUCGCCUUGACCUCAAGACCAUUGCUCUUCACGCCCGCAACGCCGAGUACAAUCCCAAGCGUUUUGCUGCCGUCAUCAUGCGUAUUCGUGAGCCAAAGACAACGGCUCUGGUCUUUGCGAGUGGAAAGAUGGUCGUCACUGGUGCCAAGUCUGAAGAUGAUAGCCGUCUUGCUUCCCGCAAAUAUGCGCGGAUCAUCCAGAAGCUGGGGUUCAGUGCCAAGUUCACCGACUUUAAGAUCCAGAACAUUGUCGGCUCUUGCGAUAUCCGCUUCCCCAUCCGUCUCGAGGGUCUUGCCUCGCGCCAUCACACUUUCUCGUCCUACGAGCCUGAACUGUUCCCUGGUCUCAUCUACCGUAUGAUGAAGCCUAGGAUUGUUCUUCUCAUCUUCGUCUCUGGCAAGAUCGUCCUCACCGGAGCAAAGGUCCGUGAGGAGAUCUACCAGGCGUUUGAGCUCAUCUACCCAGUCUUGUCGGACUUCCGCAAGUCUUGA